AUGUCGGAAACUGCUCCUGCCGAGACCGCGGCCCCGGCGCCAGUGGAGAAGUCCCCUGCCAAGAAGAAGUCCACCAAGAAGGCUGCGGGGGCUGGCGCGGCGAAGCGCAAGGCGACUGGACCCCCAGUCUCAGAGCUCAUCACCAAGGCUGUGGCCGCCUCUAAGGAGCGAAAUGGCCUGUCCUUGGCCGCGCUCAAGAAGGCGCUGGCAGCUGGUGGCUACGACGUGGAGAAGAACAACAGCCGCAUCAAGCUGGGCCUCAAGAGCCUGGUGAGCAAGGGCACCCUGGUGCAGACCAAGGGCACCGGCGCCUCCGGCUCCUUCAAGCUCAACAAGAAGGCGGCCGCCGGGGAAGCCAAGCCCAAGGCCAAGAAGGCAGGGGCGGCCAAGGCGAAGAAGCCCGCGGGGGCCACGCCGAAGAAGCCCAAGAAGGCUGCUGGAGCCAAGAAAGCCGUCAAGAAGACCCCCAAGAAAGCCAAGAAGCCUGCAGCGGCCGGUGUCAAAAAAGUGGCCAAGAGCCCCAAGAAGGCCAAGGCUGCUGCGAAGCCUAAAAAAGCAGCCAAGAGCCCGGCUAAGCCCAAAGCGGUAAAGUCCAAGGCAGCCAAACCCAAGGUCUCCAAGCCCAAGGCAGCGAAGCCCAAAGCGGCCAAGGCCAAGAAGGCGGCUUCUAAGAAGAAGUAG